AACAAAAAAGAACAAAUUUUGCAGCCCAGAGAGGAAACAGAGACGACGAGAAGAAGAAAGAAGAGAGAUAGAGAGAGAAACAAGAAAGAACGAAGCUCUACGAAUCUACACCUCGCAAAGAAUACCCUAAUCGAAGAAUUGGUCGUCUCUCCAUAUUUCCAUGUAAAAUCAUACAUAUAUAUAUAUAUAUCUAUACAUAUAGAUAUAGAACACACAUAUAUCUAUAUAUUUAUGUAUAGUAAGAGGUGUCGAUCUUCACUCAAUUCUCAAUUCUCAAUUCCUUCAUCUUCUUCUUCGUCUGUAAUAUAAUUGUGCUACUUUACCAUUUUUAAUUGUCUUCCAAUUCAGAUCUAUAUACUCAUAAUUGCUCUACUAUAAAAGGGCAAUUUUGCCCAGAUCUGAGUCAUCUUCAACACAGUUUGAAUUGAAGAACAUAGAGAAGUUAUCAAUGGAUGACUUUGGAAUGUUGGCCAGAGACUUCGGGUACAAACCCCAAGGCAAAUCGAUCCCAAUGGCUUCAUCCAAACCCUACGUCGGAUCGGACGUUGGCGAUCGACACUCUCGAUCAUCGUCCUCGUCGUCGAUGCCCUCACCAUUCGUCGACGAUCACAAUCGCGACGGUUUGUUAUUCAGUGAUGUAUUUGGUGGCCCUCCUAAAUUUGCAUCAGCUAAACCAACCACUACCACCACUAGUAAUUUUAGCAGCAACAACAACAAAUCGUCGUCGUCGCCGUUGUCGGAUUUCGAUUACGAUUCGAUCUUCAAGAGCUCGUCGGCGGCGAAUGAUUCGAAAAGCAAGCCGUCAACGACGAUGCCGGUUUAUGAUAAGCCGGUAUACGACGACGAGGUUGACAUUUUCGAAGGUUUGCCGGGGUUAAAGAGUAAAUCGGCGUCUUCUUCGGUUAGGUUUGACGAUGACGUUUUUUCGAGCGUGUCUUCGCCGAAAAAGAGUGCCCCAUUUGAUGAUCUUCUCGGGAAUUUAGGCCGGACGGAGAAGGCGGGAGCAAAGAAUAGUAAGAGUUCGAGAGGUUUGGAUGAUUUGAUACCUGAUUUUGGUGGUGGCAGUCCCCGUGGUAAUAACAGGUCAUAUUCGGAGUCAAGGCAACCCCAAAAGCCAACUGUGAAUUCAAGCCAGACAAAUUCUAGUGAGAUGGAAAACCCCUUUGUAGUUCUAGAAUCAACUUCAACCCCUGUAUUCUCAACCCAAGAGUCAUUCUCUGAUCCACUGGAAGAGAUUAGUAAGCUCAGUAACUCUGAAAACAGAAAAGCGAAUAGUUCAUCUAUUAGUGGGGGAGUAUUUGAUGAUAUAGAUCCCUUAAAUGGUUUUGGCAAAUCUGCACCUUCAUUUUCAUCCGGGAUGAACAACAGGGGAAAGGAUGGGAGCCCUUCAAGGACAGGAGCUGGCACGAGUGGGGCACAUGCUUUUGCUGGUAAGGAAUCAACCGGAAAAUCUUCUUCUAAAAAUAAUGAGAGCCACUCUCAGAAGAAGAUGAAUGUUGACAGUUUCCAGGGAUCUGACCAGACCUUGUAUGACAUGCCAAGUGCUUCAACAGAUUUUAACAAAUCUGUUGGUCAAGCUGGAUCUUUCCCUUCAUUUUUAAAUGUUAAUUCUAAUGAGACAAGUUCCCGGGCAGAUAUGUCUCCCAGAUCGGAAGAAAAUGUUGACACAUCUGAUGAUGUAUGGCUCACUGUAUCAGAAAUCCCUCUUUUUACGCAACCCACUAGUGCUCCACCUCCUUCAAGACCCCCUCCUCCAAGACCACCUCGGGCUCGAAAGCCGGGAACAGGUUCCGUUGCUUCAAAUGCAAGAAAGCAGGGUAGUGAGUUUUCUUCCCCCCCAAGUUACACCCAGUACUCUCGGAAUCCUUUUGCACAGGUGCAUCCAACAGAAAAGAGCACAACGGUGUCUCAAAUAGAUGAACUCGAGGAUUUUGUCAUGGGUAAGACCCAAAAUGUUGAUGAACCUACUGAAGUGCAUUCUGUUGAUGAAAUGAAUAUGAACUCUGCUGCUGCUGCUUCUGCCGCUAUGAAGGAGGCUAUGGAUAGAGCUGAGGCUAAAUUCAGGCAUGCUAAGGAAGUAAGGGAGAGGGAAUACACAAAGGCUGAUAGAAGUAAAGAUGCUGUGCAAGUGGAAAAAGAUGAACAAGCCAUGCAAGAUGGUCAGGAGAGAGAAUUUAGAGAAAACCAGGAGAGAUUACAUCAUGAACGGCACCAGAGGGAAAGGGAGGAGGAAGAGAAAGAACAAAGGAGACUUGAGGAGAGGGAGAGACUGAGGGAGAAAGAGAGGGAGAGGGAAAAGGGCCGACAUGCUGUUGAAAGGGCAACUAGGGAAGCACGUGAAAGAGCCGCUGCUGAUGCUCGCCUAAGAGCUGAAAGGGCUGCUGUUGAGAAGGCAAGUUCUCAGGCUCGAGAACGUGCUGAAAGGGCUGCAGUUCAGAGAGCGCAAGCUGAAGCCCGUGAGAGAGCAGCAGCUGGGGCUAAAGAAAGAGCAGAAAAGGCUGCUGCAGAAGCUAAGGAAAGGGCAAAUGCAGAAGCAAGGGAGAGAGAAGCACGAGAGAAAGCUGCUGUUGCAAGGGCUGAGGCAGAAGCUAGACGUAGAGCUGAACGAGCUGCUGUGGAAAGGGCUGCUGCAGAGGCUCGAGAAAGAGCUGCUGCAGAGGCUCGAGGAAGGGCUGCAGGGACAAAUCAACAGAAAAACGAUAAUGAUCUUGAAUCAUUCUUUAGCAUGGGUUCUCGACCAAGUAGUGCACCAAGACCAAGAGCAAAUACCUCUGACACUGCGUCAGAUGCCCAAUUCCAGAGCAGGGGCGGGCCUGAAGGGGCAAAGAGGACAUCAGCUGUUGGAGUUUCAUCCAACAUGAGGAAAGCAUCUUCAACAACUAAUAUUGUUGAUGAUCUAUCUUCAAUUUUUGGAGCUGCUUCAUCAUCCGGAGAUUUCCAGGACGUUGAAGGGGAAACUGAAGAUAGAAGAAGAGCCAGACUGGAGCGCCACCAAAGAACUCAGGAGCGUGCGGCUAAAGCACUUGCUGAAAAGAAUCAGCGUGACCUUCAAACUCAAAGGGAUCAAGAAGAAAGACAUAGAAUUGCCGAGACUUUAGAUUUUGAGAUCAAGCGUUGGGCUGCAGGGAAAGAAGGAAAUUUACGUGCACUUCUGUCAACAUUGCAAUAUGUGCUAUGGCCUGAAUGUGGUUGGCAGCCAGUUUCUUUGACUGAUUUGAUUACUGGUGCGUCGGUUAAAAAAGCUUAUAGAAAGGCAACUUUGUGCAUCCAUCCUGAUAAAGUGCAACAAAAAGGUGCCAAUCUUCAACAGAAAUAUAUUGCUGAAAAGGUGUUCGACCUGCUGAAGGAGGCCUGGAACAAGUUUAAUUCAGAGGAGCUUUUUUGAAUGCUGUAUGAUUUUGAACUCCAAUUUACUUCAUCUGGAAAGUGCACCAUUUGUUUGGAGAGGAAAUGCAUCCAUCCCCUAUGAAGCAGAAGAUAUAUUUAGUCUGCUGCAAUUCUGCAUUUUAUUGGUGUUGCACUGUGUGGAUUGUCGGGGAUUUUUGUUGCUGUAAAUUGAUGUCCGUGCUGGAGAUAUAUACAGGUACGUGAAGCUGGAAUGACUGCUUGGUGUAGAGUAGCGUUGUUCCCUAUGUCAUAUUUGGUCAACAAUCUCAUUUGCAUGAGAUGAUAAUUGUUUUCUAUCCAUUUUUUCCUUCCAUUUUUUUUUUAAUUUCAUUUUCUUUUUAAGCUUGAUAUCUCAAACGAACACGAACACGAACACCGAUAUGUUUAUUGUAUUGAAAUGAGCAGUGUAUUAUUGUUGAGCCAGAAAUUCAACGAGGUUGACCAUACAUCUAUAUAUUUUUUAGAUUUCGCGUUUUGGUUUGAA